AUGGCCGAUAACGCCGAGUCGAGCGGCGACGCUCAAGUCACCUUCAAGGUCAAGACCUCAUCUGACACCAUCCACUCCAUCACCAUGUCCGAGGCUGCCACCGUCCUCGAACUCAAGACCAAGCUGGCCGGCCAAGACCUCGAGAACGUCCCGGUUGAGCGGCAACGCCUGAUCUACUCCGGCCGCGUCAUGAAGAACGACGACCCGCUCAGCAACUACAAGAUCAAGCACAACAAUACCAUCCACAUGGUCAAGAGCGCUGCCAGCAACCAGACCCAGCCCGCCUCCGCAUCGUCUACCUCUACACCCCCGGCCGUGCCUACCAACAUGGCCUCCGGUACUGCUAACAACCCCUUGGCUGGCUUGACUGGCGCUCGAUACGCUGGCCACCAGAUCAACCUCCCCGGUCUCGACAUGUUUGGACCCGACGGUGGUAUGGGCCCUCCCAUGGACGAGGAGCGCAUUCAGCGCCUGAUGUCCGACCCCAACGUCCAGCAGUCAAUGAACGAGGCCCUCAACAACCCCGACUUCGUCAACAUGCUCAUCGAAUCGAACCCGAUGCUAAGAAACAUGCCCAACGCUCGAGACAUCAUAACGUCACCCUUCAUGCGACAGAUGAUGAGCAAUCCUCAGAUGAUGGGCCAGGCUAUGCGCAUGCAGAGGAACUUGCGAGGCAGCGAGGGGGGUUUCCCUGCUCCUGGCGCCACGGAUACGAGCCCCGAGGGAGCUGCACCUAGUGCCACUGAUCCUGCAAGCGCCAAUCAGAACCAGCAGAACCCCUUCCUCAACCCCUUCAUGAUGCCCGGUAUGUUGGGCGGCCAGCAAGGUGGAGAUGGCGCCCAACCGAACAUUGCCCAUAUGCUACAACAGCUUCAGGCCUUGAACGCGAUGUCGGGGCCGCACCCAUUCACAGGUCAAACCGCAGGCCAGACGGCUACUCCUCAGGCUGGAUCAGGAACGACGCCCAGCCAAGGCACGACGGAAACACCGGCGGCGGCAGGAAGCACCCCCGGCCAGGGUACAUCGAGCCCACCCGCGGGGAACCCAUUCGCGGCACUGUUUGCCCCCCCAGGAGGUGCCCAGCCAAGCCCCUUCGGAAUGACCCCCGAGAUGAUGCAGCAAAUGAUGCAACUGAUGGGAGGAGGAGCCGCGCCCGCAGCGCCUGCAGACAACCGGCCCCCGGAGGAGCGCUAUGCGGAACAGCUGCGUCAGCUAAAUGACAUGGGAUUCUUCGACUUCGAUAGAAACGUUGCGGCCCUGAGGCGCAGUGGAGGAAGCGUCCAAGGCGCCAUUGAGCACCUCCUGAAUGAGUCGUGA